AUGGCGCUGCCUUCCAACCUUUUACCUGAUGAGGCCAGCCCUGAGUGGAUGAACAAGGGUGACAAUGCAUGGCAGCUAACAGCAGCAACCCUGGUGGGCCUCCAGAGCAUCCCCGGCCUUGUGAUCCUCUAUGGAAGCAUGGUAAAAAAGAAAUGGGCUAUAAACUCUGCUUUCAUGGCGCUUUAUGCCUUUGCAAUGGUUCUUGUAUGUUGGGUAGCGUGGGGUUUCCGCAUGUCAUUCGGUGACAAACUUGUGUUUUUCCUAGGAAAACCAGCUGUUGCAUUAGACGAAAAAUUCUUGCUGGGACGGGCGUUUCUGGGGUACUUUCCUACUGCGACAAUGGUGUUUUUUCAGUCAGUGUUUGCAGCAAUCACAUUGGUUUUGAUAGCCGGAGCACUUUUGGGGAGAAUGAAUUUUCGUGCAUGGAUACUGUUUGUGCCAUUAUGGUUUACAUUGUCAUACACAAUUGCAGCUUUUAGCAUAUGGAGUCCAGAAGGGUGGUUGGCAAAGUUGGGGGUUAUAGAUUUCGCCGGUGGAUUUGUUAUUCACCUUUCAUCAGGGGUUGCCGGUUUCACUGCAGCAUUUUGGGUUGGCCCCAGAGCAGAGAAGGACAGGCACAAUUUCCCUCCAAACAAUAUAAUUCUAAUGCUUGCAGGAGCAGGAUUGCUCUGGAUGGGAUGGAGUGGGUUCAAUGGCGGAGCUCCAUUUGCGGCCAGCACUAUUUCGGCUCUGGCCGUCCUUAACACUCACAUUUGCACGGCUACCAGCCUGUUGACAUGGCUCCUCCUUGACAACUUUUUCUUUGGGAAGCCUUCUGUACUUGGUGCCAUACAAGGGAUGAUCACUGGCCUGGUUUGCAUCACUCCAGCUGCAGGUGUAGUCCAGUGCUGGGCAGCUAUCAUAAUGGGUAUAAUCUCAGGAAGUGUUCCAUGGUACACAAUGAUGGUGCUCCAUAACAAGGUUAAGCUGUUGAAGUUGGUUGAUGACCCCAUGGCCAUAUUCCACACUCAUGCUAUUGCCGGCGCCCUAGGAGGCAUUCUUACAGGCUUUUUCGCGGUCCCAAAAUUGUGUCGUCUUUUCUACAUGGUGUCGGACUGGGAAAAAUACCUUGGCCUAGCAUACGGUCUAGAGUAUGGUCGAACUUCUGCUGGAUUUAAACAAAUGGGAAUCCAACUAGCCGCCAUGCUAUUUGUGAUUAUCUUAAAUAUUGUUAUGACUAGCAUUAUUUGUUGGUUAAUCGGGUUGAUAGUUCCACUAAGAUUAUCAGAUGAAGAACUGGAGCUUGGUGAUGAUGCAGUCCAUGGUGAGCAAGCCUUUGCUUUAUGCCAUGAUAGAGAGAAAUUUGUCACUUCUAAACAUAAUAAAGUGUAUGAUACAGAUGAUUUCUCGUAUGUAGCAUCUAAAUCUAUAGGUGACAUCCAAAUGGUAUGA